GGUGACAAUAGAAGAAGACUUAAAUUGCAAAAGUUAGUAUUUUUUUUAUUAUUACAUUAUUAUAUGUAGUUCUCUUAAGGAUAUUAUAGGGUCAACCGUUUCUUUCUUCCAGGGGUCGACUUAGAACUUUGUCCGCUAAAUUAUUAUAUUUUUAUCUCAUAGUUUCCUACUUUUAGAUCUUCUAAUGUUCUUAUGUGUAUUGUGAAAAUGUUGGACCCUGACCAGGAGAGUUUUUUUGUAAAUUGUAUCUUCUAUAUAUAUAAAAAGAUAUAAUUAUAAAAACUUUGGAAAUAAGACGGAGUUAAGGAAAAAAUGCCUUUUACAAAAAUGCAUAAACUGAUAUCAAGCUAGGUGAUUAGUGGAGAAUAGUGGGCAACGACGAAUAUUUAGUUCUAUAUCUCCAUUGUAAUGCAUUGCAUGUGAUCUUUUUACAAAUCAUACCUAAAAUGGUUAUGAUUAGCAUUCCAUGAAAAAGGAUAAGAUUCUUAUAAAGCCUAAACCAUGAUUAUAUAUAAUUUCACCCACUCAUUAACCAGGUAUGUACGCAAUUAUUGACGCUCUUUUGCAUAAUUCCAUCGAUUACUAAGCUUCAAUUACCCUGACCUUCUAUAUAAAGUUGAAUGAUUUGGGGAUUCCGAAUCCGUCGAGAAAAGGACCCGUAAACAGUCUUAUAUAUAUAUGCAUAAAAAUAUAGCAACUAUUUCUACAAUAAGAAUAAAGAGAGAGUAUAAAUAUUGCAAGUAAAAUAUACUUUUAAAAAAUGAAUGGCUGAGAGAGGACCCAACUUUUCGCGGGGAAACGGAGCCGCUCACACACACCAUCUUGGAAUCUUGACUACUCUCUAAGGUCACUUCAUAAACGUCACAAAAUACAUACAAAUUAUCGAAAAAUUGUAAUACUCCGUUUUAAAUUUUUCAGAGGGAGAGAAGAAAUCUUGCACUUGUUAAAUUUUAAAAUAUACUUCCUCCGUUUUCGAAAGUAGGAUUUUCUAGAUUUAUUUUUUUGUUCCAUAAUGUUAGAUUUUCUAAAAUUUUAAAAUAUUUUUAGUAGUUAAUGUUGAAAAUUUGUAUACUUUUAAACGAAAAUAUUUGAAUUGGUUAAAUACUAUUAAUUGAUAUUUAUUAGAAAAUGUAUAGUAAAAUAAAUAAAAAAUUUAAUAAUAAAUAUUUAUUAUAUUCUUAAUAUGGUGAAUACUUCUUUUGGGAAUAGAGGGAGUACCGCUUCAAAAUCUCUAAUAUACGGCGGCGGCGGCUAGUAUCAACUAUCAACUUUUACAUCCUAUAGUUCCUUGUCUGUCUCAGGGUGUGAUAGAAGAAUUAUGAGUAAAAUCUUUAGAGUAAAAAGUAAUAAAGUAAAAACAAAAAAAAAUGAAAGCUAAAUCGACUGUAUAUUUAUUAAAAAAAUGAGAGAGAGGAAAAGGCGACUGAAAAUGCGAUUGCAACCCUAAACAAAAAACCGUUAUUUUUCCGGUUGAUCUCCCCUUUUCUGAUUGUUACUCCCGAUGUUCUCGGAGAUGGAGGGGUAUGGGAUUCUCCACUAGUCCAUCUUUCGAAUGUAAUCCCCAUGAUUGAUGCCCACGAUUGUGAUGAAACGGUUUCUCAACUUCCCCGAAGUUUGAUAUAUAAAGCUUAUGCUUCUAUGCUUUUGAUUUCAUCACUUUCCUCUGAAUUUCUUCAAUUAAUUCAUUUCUUUUGGAGAAUUUUCGAUCAUUGGAUUCUCAUGGCGGACAAUAUCCGAAGGGGUUUGCAGAACCUCAAUUUGGGUGCUAAUGAUCCUCCAGUUCAACUCCCUGUUCACGUCCUUAAUGAAGCUGUUGCUGAGAACCGAUUCAUCUUGAUUGGAAGACCGGUCAUGCCUAGGCGACAAAAUAUCCGCUCAAUCAUUGCAAAUCUCCCGCGUAUUUGGGGCCAAGAUGGCGUACAAGGAAGACUAACUGAGGGUCGUCAAUUCCAAUUUGUCUUCCCUACGGAGGAAUCGCUGGAGAUGGUGCUUCGCCGAGGUCCAUGGGCCUUUGCUGAUCGUAUGUUGAUUAUGGAACACUGGUCUCCACUUUUUAACCCACUGAUGCUCAACUUUAUACCAUUGUGGAUUCAAAUCCGUGGCAUUCCCUUUCAAUACAUGAGUCAAGAUGUUGUUAUUCACAUUGGAAGGGCACUAGGAAUGUACAUGGAAGUUGAUUACAACAGCGACACUACGGCGAGGAGAGAGUUUGCAAGGGUUAGAGUCAAUUGGAAUGUUGAUGAGCCUCUAAGGUUUCAAAGGCAAUUUCAAUUUGAAGCAGGGGUUAACACUAUGCUCAGGCUUACGUAUGAAAGACUACGUGGUUUCUGUGAGACAUGUGGAAUGUUGACUCAUGAUUCUGGUGCUUGUCUCAUCCAGAAUGGAGGUCCUGAUAAUGGAGGUGCAGAUGAUUCUGGGAGUGAGGAUGAUAAUCUGGAGGAAGAUCCUGCGCCACCACAAGAUUUAAUCAUUGAAGAGAUUGUGGAGGCUGAUCAACAAGAAGAAAACGUAGGUGGUCUGGAUGCUGCUGUAGCUGAGAAUAUGGAUAAUGAGAUCCAAGUGGAGGAGAUUGCAGAGGAAGAUGAUGCGCUCUGGUAUGGUAAUGCAAUGCCAACAAUGUUUUUGGAGGAGUAUAAUAUGAAUGAAAUGUUUAAUCCUCUGUCUGCGGUUGGAGAACGUUCGGAUACCCGUGAAGCUCUGAAGUGGAAAGCUUGGAUGGAGGCUGCUAAUGAGAAUGUAAGCAUAUCUACAAAUCUGGAACAAGGUGAAUCUAGCACGAAGAGAUACACAAGACGCAAGAAGAAUGAAGGUACACAGACAAUACCACAGAGGAGUAUUGACAAUGAUGCUGCUGAUGUCCCCUCGGAGGACACACCAAAGGAAGGAGGCGCGGUGGGCCCAGAACCACCACUGCCGCCAUGAAGACAGUCUGCUGGAACUGUCGGGGUUUGGGCAUUGACUCGACAGUU